CGACCGAUACGAUUGGUGGUGUAGCGUAUAAUGUUAAGACUGAAAUAAACAGUGUAAUUAAUUAGUAAAAAUGUGGAACAGUAAUUUAUGUUUAAUUUUAUGCCUCCUCACACCCUCCUUGGCGAUCUGGCAGUGUUCUAUCGAUGAAGACUGCGCAUCCGCCCUUCCGGGCAGCGUCUGCGCGUCAGGACAAUGCGCGUGCCCCAGCUCGCAGCAGGUCGUGGCCGGGGGCACGUUAUGUGCUGAUUAUGCCCCAUACUACACGUCGGCUUGCGUCGAUGACUUCCAAUGCUCAAGAUUGUUCACUACGUUUGAAUGCAGACGGAACGAGGAUCAAACAGCUGGCAGUUGCUUCUGCCAACCCGGUCACCACUACUUCCACGGCCGCUGUUGGCCUUCCACCGAGAUGGGCCAGCCCUGCUCCACUCAUGAGCAGUGCAUGGGGGCCAUCAGAGAUCCCUUCAGCAUGGUCUGCGAUGGCACCUGUCAGUGCGCUGAGGGAUACUAUAGCCGACAGAGGGGAGAGUGCAGGAAGAUUGCUACAGCUGUGGGUGAAAGCUGCGUGCUAGAUGAGGACUGUCAGUUCGAGCACGGCGCGUGCCGCGACCGCGAGUUCGUCUGCUACGACACCACUGACGACCCUGAUGAGAGUACAGAGGAUUCAGAAGCCACUCGUAUUGCUCACAACGCGACUUUCAAAAUGGCUACCACAAAAAUGGCGGCCACAAAUAUAACGUCGACAAAGAUGGCGGCCACGAAUAUAACGGCCGCAAAGAUGUCGCGAGAAAGUGGCGCUGCUUGCAGCGCAGCCAGUCCUUGUCCCACGCCAUUUGAGUGUUCCAGCUGGGGGCUAUGUAUCUGCCCACUUGGGUAUUAUAGUAGUGAAGAUGGGAGCGCUUGCUUAGCUGAACUGGGCUCCCCUUCAACCGAAGAGCAGUGCGUCGGGCUGCUGACCGUGGUUGAAGAUGGGAUCUGCACCUGCCCUUCCAACUUCUUCUUCGACGAGAACAUGAGGGACUGCCUCAAAGUGGCCCGUUUCAUCACCGACUUCUGUUUUCUCGACGAGCAGUGCCACACGUUCGGGACUGCGGCGUUCUGCGGAGCCCCUGGGCAGUGGGGGCUCCGCUCCUGCGAGUGCGACCUAGAGCAGGCUGUGUGGGACGCGCAGCGCAGCAUGUGCAGGCUGUUCGCUGGUGUGGGCGAGGCGUGCCAAGUCGACAGCGACUGCUUGGCCGGAGAGCUUGAGAUCCAGUGUGCCAUUAACGAGGAGGGGGAAGGGUACUGCGCUUGCCCCGACGGCCUCGUCGCUUCUGAAGGCCUGUGUCUCUCCAGCGGGCUUGAGUUGGGAGACUCGUGCCAGACGACGCAAGAGUGCACAGGUACACCAAACACUGUCUGCGAGGCAGGGCGCUGUUCUUGCGACAACGGGUAUCAAGAACUUGACGAUUUCUGUGCUCCAAUUAUUGGUGGUACCUGUUUGGAAGACCUCGACUGUGUCAUCAACAAUACGGCGUGCGUGGCUGGCAACAGUGGAAUGACCUGUCAGUGUACAGAUGAGUACGUCGAGUAUAGCGACGAGUGCUGGGAGAUCUCUCCUGGCUACAACGCAAACUGCACGGUCAACGCUCAGUGCUUCGACACCCUCGGUACAAACGCGGUCUGCCAGAACGGCGCCUGCCUCUGUGGCCCCAACUACCACUACAGAGAUGGCGGCUGUUGGCCUGUCACUGUUUCCGGAAGCGACGCUAACUGCACCGUGAACGCUCAGUGCUUCGACACCCUCGGUCCUAACGCGGUCUGCCUGAACGGCGCUUGCCUCUGUGGCCCCAACUACCACUACAGAGAUGGCGGCUGUUGGCCUGUCACUGGCCUAUUCGAGACGUGUUCGCGAAGUAGCCAGUGCUUCCUCGGCGAGAUAACAGACAGGGUGGUGUGCAGAAACGGGCUGUGCCAAUGCGACUUUGAGUACCCCUAUUCCGAGGAGCAACACACGUGCAUAUCAUCGGCGGCCAUUUUGACGAGCAGCAGCGUCAUUAUGAUAACACUACUGUCAUAUUUAUUCUCAUAAACAUUAUUUAUAUUAAAUAGCAU